GUCACAUCAGGUCCUGAGGUAGCUUCGCUGGCGCUUCUUCUGCACAGCCUGGGGAGCCGCACCUAUCUCACCUGCACACAACACACACACACACACACACACAGACAGACACACAGACAGACCAUGAUGAGACAGGGAGUGAGUGAGGUGGUCGGGGUGGCGUGUCCGUCCGUGUCUCACCAGUAAUAGAGUCCAUGAUGAAUUCGGCCGGCAUGGUUUGUGUCUUGGGCACUCGUAGGAUGGUGAGGCCACCCAGAGGUAUCUUCCCCAUGUCGAUCUGGAUGUGCGGGUACUCCGUCUUGAAGUACUGAAUGAAUCCGAUCAACCGCACAUACGUACGUACAUACGCAUGCCAUUCAUGCCCAAGGGCACAACCAAUCAGGCAAGGAAGCAAGCAACACAGGGCGCCUGGGUGCGCUGGCUGCAUCUAGUCAGUGUACGCAAGAAUGUCUGGCUGCCUGCCUGCCAGUGUUGCGUGGGCCAACGUAGGUAACCUGUACGAGGGCGCUCGGGGGUGGCGGCUCGAACCCCUCAGGGAGGGCCUCCCACCUAGACAGACAGGACAAACAUACGUUCGCACAGAUCGACGACUCACACACACACGUGACAAAUCUAUCUCCGAGGGUGAAUCUGUCUGUCUGUCUGUCUGUCACCUCCCUCCCUCCCUCCCUCCCUCACUUGUCCAGGAUAGGGUUGUGGUAUGCCCGCACCAGUGGCACACCCCGCAUACUGUCGUCAGUGUCGGCGUCCGAGUAACUGCACUCACGCCACAGCAGGCAAACAAACAAGUCGACAGACAUGACACAUGCUAACUUCAUGUCGAGCAGCAAAGAGUCCGGCGCCGCAGAGCCCAGCCAGCCAGCCAGCCAGCCAGCCACCCCCGACAUGCAUGUCAUGUAUGUUGCUCACUCUGGGUGAUUCUGUCCGUGUAUGUCAGCGGCGAAGAGUCCGACGAUCGACACGCCGAGGAACACAAGCACCAUGUAGGCAAUCUGCGACAUACAGGCACCAGACCAGGGUGGGGAUGCAUAUGUAUAUGCAAGCCAAGCCGUCCGGUGAUUGUGUGUGUACACGUGCAUAUGAUAUGAUAGUAUGUGUACGCAUCUAAGUAUGGAUGGAUGUAUGUGUUGGUGUGUGUCACGGCGUGUGUUUGGUGCUGUGCUGUGCUGUGCUGCUCACGGGGAACAUGGGGUGCACGUCAUCGGGGGGCACGUGGUCCUUGAUGCCUGGGGGAAUAACCAAUUCAUCAAGCACCCAUCCACCCACCCACCCACUCAGUCAAUCAGUGAGUCAGUGACACCCCUCGCCGCCUCACCUGCCGCGUACUUCUUGUAGCGCUCGCGACGCGCCUCUGCAAUCGAUUGCAGCACAACACAAGCCAAUCAAUGAUGGUGCGGUGCGUCCUCUCGACACUGCCCGGCAUUCAUUCAUUCUUGUUGAUUGCAAUGCAGUCAUUGCAACAAGGAUGAAUGCCGUGUGCGACUGACUGUACUGACUGACCCCUCUCCUCAGCGGUUUCCAUCCUCCACUUGUGCUGCCAAUAGUCGCGCAUUGUCUGGGUGGUGCCAGCUCCGCCCUGUGCUGCACUGCCAGCAGCCUUGACAUCUUCCAUCGUGAACUGAAUCUCGGCAUCGUACUGGCUCCUCUUCCACUUGUCGUUGAGGACCUUGUACGCCUCCUGCACCUCGUGGAAGCGGUCGGCGGCACGGGGGUCGUUGGGGUUCUGGUCGGGGUGACACUCCUUGACCCUCUGCAGGUACCUCUCUUUUAUCUGAGACGGACGCGCCGUGCGAGGGAUGCCCAACACAUCGUAAUAGGUCCGCUCCCUGCGCUUGGCCGUGCCGCCUCGAGAGCCGGUGGCCCUGCUGCCGGAGCUGCCGCUAUUGCUGCCGCUGCUGUCGCCCCCAGUGCCGCUCGACGACCUGCCACGUGCCGACUGGUUGUCUUGCUGUGAGCUCCAAGUGCCGUGGUGGUUGCUGGUACUAUUGUUGCUGUUGUGCGAUGAUGAGUCGCUGGUGGCGUCACCGGAGCUCCUGCGCUCUCCAUGGCUGCCACCCACCCUCCGCCCAUCCUUGCUGUAUCCCGUGCUCUUAUAGCUCCCACCACCAUACCUCGGAUCAUGAGCCGUCUUGAGGACCAUGCGGCUGCUGUGCACGUGCCGAGAAGCUCCGCGACCAUGGACCAUUGAUCGGACCAGGCACCGGUGCAAAUGCCUGUGCAGAGCAGGGUGCCACAUCAUCAUUGCCGCCACGCAUCAUAUCAUUGGUUAAAUAGACCCGGAUGUUGCCGCACGGACGGACGGAUGACGUGACG